AUGACUAUUGCGGCUCCUUGCUGUGCUCCGCCCACUAGUAAUGGAGUUUCAAUUUCUAAAAUUAUGACGAAUGCAUUUUUCAAUGGCACCGCUGAUCGAGCUGCCGUAAAUUGUGCCAAAAGUGUUUUUACACAAAGGGCAGCUUUUCUUGAAACUCUUGAUUCUAAGUGCGCGAUUGCUGCAUUCUUCGCCCACGUUACGCAUGGGACUGGACGCAUCAUUAAGGACUUUUCAUCUUUCAAACUCUUCUAUAUGAGAAAAUUUCGACUUAACAGUCUCCCUCUCCCUGACCAAAUCUCUCCCCACAACCAGUCACCACCAUUCUCUAUACCCACUGCAGCCACCUUCGAUAACCAGAGCUUAUCAAAUUUGUUUUUGUGA